AUGCCAGGCUGCAAUGCGGAGGAAGCAGGGAACCAGAACUGCGAGCAGCCCAGGCAAGGCAGCCAAACGCUGCUUGGGACGCAUCUGGGAAAAGUAGGAGGUGGGGGCUGGGCAGGGGUACCCCCAACACGCGCGCACACGAACCCUCGCGGUCCGCGACCAUCGUCGCCGGCGGAGAGCAAGCCACCGGAGGGAGUGUGUGCGCGCGAGUGUGUGCCCGCGGUGACCGCGCCGAGCUCUCGGGCCCGCGGCCUCGGAGCCCCUUGGGCACAGCGUGGGCUGGCAGGCGACCGGCCACGCCGCGGGGCCUCCCGCAGGAUCAAGGCCUGGGCGUGCCGGCACUCCCGCGCGGCCCGGCCCCCGGUCGCCCGAGGCACCGGGGAGGGCGCGAGCCGGAGAAGAAAGGCUCUCUCCGCAGGUCGAUCCGGGCUCCGCGGAACACCCGAGGCGCAAGGAGGCGACCGCGGCAGCGCGGCCGUACCCGCGUCACGCUGGGUCCCCGGUGCACCCGGCGCGCCCCAGCCAGCCCCUUCUACGAAACUUUCUUUUUUGCUUCGCCCCACCCGAAAAGUGCCGCCUCGGCGAGGGCGCCGAGGACAGCGGGUGGAGGGCGAGGAGGAAGUGGUGCCCGCGGGAGCGCGGCCGGGCAGAGGAAAUGCCCGCGCCGCCCGCCCCCGCCCUUGCAGCCCGCCCCGGCCCCCCGCCCCGCCGCGACUUUGGCGGGCCGAGCCCCGCGCGCCACUGGCGGCGGCGGCGGCAGAUGUGGCCCCGGCUGCCCCGAGGAAGCCAACAAUGCCGGGCCGGCAAAACAAAAGGGAGCCGCUCCGCGUCUCUCCCGGCCUCUCACUUACACUCUCGGGGAGCCGCGCGGGAUCCCGGGCCGACCGGGGCCGCACCCCCAGGGGCCCCGAGCCACGCGCGCCCCGACUUGUCCCUGCCGACCCUGGUCUGCACCCCCUCCCUCCCCGCGCCCGCCCGCCUCACAGGCGCAAGGCCUGCCGCACCCUGGCAAGCACGGACUCCUGGUCCCCAGGGAUCCGGCCGUAUUGUCCCCGCGGCGCGCUGCGCGCUCGUCCGAGAUCACCGGCAGCCCCCGCGCGCGCACCCUCCGGGCUCCGGGAGCAAGCCGGGGGGCGCCUAGGAAACCGUCGCCAGACGCCGCCGCCGCCGCUGCCCUCAGGACGCCGCUGCGCUCCGGGUUUUUCUUUCCUUUUUUUUUUUUUUUUCCAAUCCUGA